AUGAUGCUUUGCACCAAAUACGCUGCUAACUCCUCCUCUGCUGCUAACUCCACCUCUGCUGCUAACUCCACCUCUGCUGCUAACUCCUCCUCUGCUGCUAACUCCACCUCUGCUGCUAACUCCACCUCUGCUGCUAACUCCACCUCUGCUGCUAACUCCACCUCAGCUGCUAACUCCACCUCAGCUGCUAACUCCACCUCCGCUGCCUCCUCCUCUGCUGCUAACUCCACCUCCGCUGCUAACUCCACUCUGCUCUGCUGCUAA